AUGCCGCAUGCAUUCCUCCCUCCGAAAUCCGCCGCCUGCCCCGUGCUCACCUCGUCCACCCCAAACAUAGCCGCUCCCCUCCCCUUCCCUCUGCCUCCACAACGCUGCCUCCUCUUCGGGUGGGGUGUAGGCGGCCGGAUCUGCGGCCCGGUGUCCCGAUCUGCCGGGGGAUGGAUAGAUCCAAGCGACCGCGGCAAGGAAGACCAAGGGCGCAUCGGCGGUGAUAGCAUCCGCCGCAGUCAGACACGGCAGCAACUGCAAGGCGGCCGCCACCCACCCCUUCGGUCGCGGCAACGGCAGCACCCAUCCAAUUCCCGACGGGGACUGCUUCCUCCGUGGCUGCAUGUUGACAAAGCAACUCUGCUAGUUAUAUAUGGAGUGUCUGGAAGGUUCUUAGAAAAGCUUAUGCUGAUGAUGACUUAUGAGAAAAUUAUGGAACUCAUAUCAGUUUCAAGGAAGGAACUCCUAUCAGUCUGA